CUUUUCUAUUAAUACUCUUCCCACGCGUACAAACCCAUCCACAUUUUCUCCUUCUCUCUCUCACUCUCUCACACUCUCAUACUCUUUCACUCUUCCUCUCUCAACAUUUCUUUGAACAAUGCGUAUCCACAGGCCUGGUGGGACCGUGCGGGGUGAUAGACAACGCCAUCAGCAACAGAAACAAAAACGAUCUCAUUCAUAUUCUCAUCAUCUACAUCAUGCUCGUCCUACUUUCAAACGAUCCUUGCUACGUACUCAUCACACGCGUCUCAAGGAACGCAUCGCUCGCUUUCAUGGUCUUCAUGCCAAUACAAAUGCUAAUGCUACUGUUGCCACUUUUUGUAUUGCUGACCACAACCACAUAACACACAGGGUGUCUUUCCAAGCUUACCGGAUUCAUCAUUACCUCCAUGACAGCCAACUGAAGAGGCAUUCUCAAAAGCUUAGUUCAAAAAUUGGUGGUCCAAAACCAAGAACUGUUAUUGACGCCGCAGGCGCAGCUACGGAUGUUCCUACGAUAAAGUCAAGUUCUACACUCUCUCCUUCCUCAGACACAAUAACAGCAGUCUCCAUAGACUCCAAUUGCUCCAAUAGUACUCAUCCAUGGACACCAUCCUCUUCUUCUUAUCCAAGCACGUCUUUUUCGUCUCCUAUGCUGACUCCGACCUCUCCUCUCACAUCACCCUCUACACCUUCUUUAUUUUCCUUGCCAAGUGACCCAGCUUCAGAAUCAAUCGAUCCAAAGCAUCAAGCACUUGUCAUGUUGAAACAUGAAGCAUUUCAGGAACUGGCGUCGCAGACUCAGCGAUAUGACGAGUUGUUUAUCGCAAAAAUGAUUGUUUGGGAGAGCCUAGGUCCAGAAGAAAAAGCACAAUGGCUUGAACGAGCAAAUCAAGAUUAUGGUACGGACAUGGAGAUGGAUGACGGUGACAAGCACAGCAAUUCUGAAUAUCAGCAACCUUCAAGUAACAGUAAUGAUAGAAUUAAUAAUAAAAAAAAGGCCGAGGAUGAGAGGAUGAUCGACGAACUCGUUAAUGCACUGGACUGCAGAGCCUCUUGCAAAGAUUACUCAGCUCUAUUAGCGUUUGAAAGAGAGGUAGAGAUGGAGAGACAGCAACAAGAGCAAGGAAUGACUGAACAUGAGCGGCUAAGAUCAAGACAUCAACGAUAUUAAACUAUAUCAGAAGAACAAAACCAGCCGUUGCCGCCUUAGGCUAUCAUUGUCGUUGAGUGCGUUCAGAGGAGCAUUUAUCAUCGUUCUCUCUCUCUCAAAAAAAAAUCUUUGAAAAUGUAGAUACACCCUUCAAAUAAGAUAACCAAUAAUUACAGCU